GUACAGAUGUUCCUCUUCUGGACCACCUGAUCCUGUCGCUGCCAGGUGUGACCAUGUAUCUGGAGCAAGGAGGAAGAGUCCGGGUUGGUGGUGAAGCCCUGGUGCUCAGCAGCACAGCUCAGCUGAUGCACGGCGUGGAGCUCUCCAAGGACCAGACUGGAGUCACUGCUAAGUUCCCGUCCUCCAACAUGACUCUCUUCUUUGAUGGCAACAGCGCACAUGUGACAGGACUUCCUGAAGCUGUAGAGGGUUUGUGUGGCAGCCCCUCCAACUCCAGCUGGACCACCACCCCGACUGCAGAGAAGUCCUCUAUCAGCCUCCCUGGCUGUGAGAUUCAAUACCAGGACUCAGUCGACAGCGCCAUCAACUGCAACCGCUCCACCGACCACUGUAAUCUCAUGAGGCAGCCUCCCUUCUCCGCCUGUCACGAGCACACCGACCCAGAGCCGUACAUCAGCGCCUGCACACACACUCUGUGCAGAUACCCGUCAGUGGAUGGGGUCGACUGCCACUUUUUGGAGGCUUACGCCAAGACCUGCAGCCUGGAAGCCAACGUGACCCUGGAGGACUGGAGGUCAACUACUGGCUGCUGUAAGAUUCUCUAUUUCCAUUCGAGGAUAUUGCACUGGAACUCCUCUGUGGUGCAGCAGCUUGUAUCUGGAGAGUGGAACUACACUCUGACGAUGAGCUCCUUCAGCGACGCCGGCCUCCUGCAGCCGGUCGGCCCAAACACGGAGAUCCUGCUGAACCAGAAGGUCUGGCUGCAGCUGGAGGCGGGGGGGCUGGACGCCAACAUGGUCGCCAUGGUGACAGACUCCUGCUGGGCAACCAAUCAGGCGUCACCUGACAGUAAUCUGCGAUAUGACCUCAUCAUCAACGGAUGUCCGAACCCUGCUGAUGAUACGGUGCAGAUGCAGGGAAACGGACAGGGAACGUCCAGCGUUUUCUCCUUCAACAUGUUCGAGUUCUCUGGAGGAAGCAGUGAAAUCUACCUGCACUGCAAACUGGAGCUGUGCCCCACACAGGGCCAGGCCUGCACUCCGAGCUGUGGGGGGGCAGCUCGCAGGAGGCGCAGAUCUGCUAAAUACGCUGAUGGGAACGCGGCCCUCAUCACUAUGGGAUGGAGAAACUGAAGAGCUUUGCAUGCUGAUUCCUGACGGUGGAAAUGAAGGUCUUGUUGCUGUGAAACUGAGCCGGCACAUUAUCUGAGAUUAUUCCUGAGGACUCCAGUUAUUCUGAGUUUUAACUUCUUUAUGAUGUGGGGGAAAUAAUCAAAAGGGGUUAUUUUACUAUGUGCACUAGUAUAUAUAUAUAUAUAUAUAUAUAUAUAUAUAUAUAUAUAUAUAUAUAUAUAUCAUUUCUUCUUUAAUAUACUGUCUGUUUGUAAAUGUGCACAGCCUGAAAGCUACCUGAGUGUUAAAGAAGGGAAACAGGAAGUGAAUGAGAACUGAAAUGUGGAUGACUACCCAGGAAGAGGAUCAGAUCAGAUGUAAUUCCUCAGAGCACGCUGUUGUACUUUUAUUGUGAUUUUAUUACUAAUGGAACCAA